AAAAUGAAUGGCCAUUCAGUUGUGCAAGGCGCCGCUUCUUCUUCUUCCUCUUCUUCGUCAGCCAGUUGUCUGCCACCCGUAAUCUCUAGGCCUGAUACCGAAACAACCACGCGCGCGCACCCACUCACAGAGUCCAAUUUAACACUCUCCAAAAGCUUCAUCUAAAUCCUAAUCUAUAUAAUCCUCUCUUUCUUCUUGUCUUUUCUUUCCAAACUCAGAUUCCAAACUAAGCGAAACUUUCUACACGCUAUUAAAUAACUCUCUCCCUCUUUCUCUCUCACUUUCAAGCUCUUUUGGCACUCAUAAUUGAAUGCUUUUUGCUCUUCAGCACGACGGAUGUACAGUUUUCCUUCAAUUCCCAGUCUACACGGCUAGGGCUUCGCGGUCCAAGAUUCAUUUUCAUCUGAUCUCACCCGCUCGCUAGCUCUUGAAAAUGUUCUGGUUCAGUUCAUUAAUCGUGCUUACUCUUUGUCAUUGAAAAUUAAUGUUUAUUUUAUUGAUAAUUCAUGCUAAAUUUUAAGCAAGAAAUUGGCGAUUUCUGUGUGGGGAUGUUUUUCUUUUGAAUUCGUAACCAUUGUUUGCGUUAUUUGAUUAUAUAAUAUUAUAUUGGAGCGGAAAAGUGUUAAGGUUGAUCAGGAAUGGUGCCCGCCAAUGACCCAAUGGAAUCCUUUUUCAAUUCAGUUCAAGUUGUGAAAGAAGCGCUUUCACCCCUUGAAUUGGGCAUCCGGAAAGCGGCGAAAGAUCUAGAACAUUGCUGGGGUGGAGGCCUUAAGAACAAGGGAAACAGUGUUGAGUUGGUUAACCAAGUAAGUGUUGAUGAUAGGAAUUGCAAGGUUCAGAUCUCUGGUGUGAAAAAGAAGAAUGGCCAAUGUGUUGUUGGUGAUGAGAAAAAGAAGGGCUUGUCGAUUAAGGUUCCGAUUAAGGCCUUCUUGGGAAUAUUUUCGCCAAAUUUGGGAAACGGGCAUCUGGUCGAGGUUCCCGAUAGAGGGUUGAAAGGGAGGGAUUUGGGUAAGGAGGAUGCUGGUUCUUGUAUGAAUUGCUUACAAUUUGCAGUCAACUGGUCUUUGUUGCUGAAUAGUUUCGUACAGGCGUUUCCCAGCCCAUUCAAAACGGGUAAGAAGCGGUUUAAAAAACCCGGGGAUGAUGAAAACUUGUGUGCGUGUAUAAAACCUAAGGUUUCAUGUGAACUGAAACAAAGGCACUCUAAGGGACCACGCUUUGGAGCAUUUCAGAAUCAAGAAAAACAUGUAUCGCCUGAGUGCUUUAUUGGUUUUAUUUUCGAUCAGUUAAUCCAGAACCUUCAGAAGUUUGAUCAGGGUGCGCAAGAAUAUGAUUAUAAGAGUUGUGAUACUUCCCUGUCUUCCUCUUCCUCCCAUUCUGAUCAUUUCAGGGCACUCACUAGUAUCUUGGAGGGCCGAAAAGAAGAUGUAAAUAGCUUUUUAGGAAACUUGAGGUUUGCUAGAGUGGGAGGUGUGCCGUCGAGUGUAGUCGGGGUGACUUCUUCGGUAAAUGAAGAGGGUGAUGAUAGUGUUGCGGCAGGGAACGGUGAAGAAACCGGAGGCACCAUACCGCAGAAGAUGGCCAGUGGUAUACUUAGUAUUCCUCUAUCAAAUGUCGAGCGCUUGAGAUCCACAUUGUCCACUGUUUCAUUGACAGAACUAAUUGAGCUUGUACCUCAGUUGGGGCGUACUACUAAAGAUUAUCCCGAUAAGAAGAAACUUUUCUCUGUCCAGGAUUUCUUUAGAUACACAGAAGCAGAAGGAAGGAGGUUUUUUGAGGAGUUGGAUAGGGAUGGCGAUGGCCAAGUAACUUUGGAAGACCUUGAAGUAGCAUUUCGAAAGAGAAAAUUGCCCCGAGGAUAUGCUCAUGAGUUUAUGCGCCGCACUAGAAGUCACUUAUUUUCAAAGUCAGUUGGUUGGAAACAGUUUUUGUCCUUGAUGGAACAGAAGGAACCAACCAUUCUUCGUGCAUACACUUCUCUCUGUCUGAGCAAUUCUGGGACACUGCAAAAGAGUGAAAUUUUGGCAUCACUGAAAAAUGCAGGCCUUCCGGCUAAUGAAGACAAUGCUGUUGCUAUGAUGCGAUUUCUGAAAGCAGACACAGAAGGACCUAUUUCUUAUGGCCAUUUCCGAAACUUUAUGCUUCUUCUUCCUUCUGAUCGGCUUCAAGAUGAUCCUCGGAGUAUCUGGUUUGAAGCUGCAACUGUUGUUGCUGUCGCACCCCCUGUAGAAAUACCAGCUGGAAGUGUUUUAAGAUCUGCAUUGGCAGGAGGCCUUUCUUGCGCACUUUCUUGUGCUUUAAUGCAUCCUGUCGAUACAAUAAAGACUCAGAUACAAGCAUCAACGCUGACGUUUCCUGAAAUCAUUUCAAAGCUUCCACAGAUUGGAGCUCGGGGGCUAUAUAGGGGUUCAAUCCCUGCAAUCCUUGGACAAUUUUCAAGUCACGGUCUGCGAACUGGAAUAUUUGAAGCAAGUAAACUUGUUUUAAUAAAUGUUGCUCCAACAGUCCCAGACAUUCAGGUCCAAUCUCUAUCAUCAUUCUGUAGCACAUUUUUGGGAACAGCAGUGAGGAUCCCCUGCGAAGUAUUAAAACAGCGGUUGCAGGCUGGCAUUUUUGAUAAUGUGGGAGAGGCUCUUGUUGGGACUUGGCAACAAGAUGGUCUUAAAGGUUUCUUUCGUGGGACUGGCGCCACUCUUUGUCGGGAGGUUCCAUUCUAUGUUGCUGGCAUGGGGCUUUAUGCUGAAUCCAAAAAGGUUGUGCAACAACUCCUGGGGCGAGAUCUGGAACCCUGGGAAACAAUUGCUGUUGGAGCUUUAUCUGGUGGGCUAGCCGCUGUUGUCACUACACCCUUUGAUGUGAUGAAGACUAGAAUGAUGACUGCUCCACAAGGUCGAUCUAUAUCAAUGUCAAUGGUAGCCUUCUCUAUCCUCCGCCAUGAGGGACCCCUGGGCUUAUUUAAAGGAGCAGUACCCAGGUUCUUCUGGAUUGCUCCUCUGGGGGCCAUGAACUUUGCAGGUUACGAGCUUGCUAGGAAGGCUAUGGACAAAAACGAGGAGCUAGCAGGCGAGCAGCUGUAUCAGAAGAAGGUGGCGAGUUCUGAAUAAAGUUUUGAAGCAAGAACAGUAGUAUACAGCCUUUUCAAUUUUUGCGUCAUGGUAACAAGUUUCAUGCUGCAGGGAAGUUUUGAGUUUGUUUCUUUAGUUGUUUCAAACCUUUUGGCCUGCUUCUUGGUGGCGCAAACAGGAUUUUAUUCUAUUCUGUAUCUUGGUUACAGUUCCUGCAAUUCUGUACAUUUGUUGUGCAGUUAAUCUAUCCCUAACCCGUCUUUUUCAAUUUCAGUUCUCUGUAUAAUUAAGUGUACAUAUCUAUCAUUUCUGGAGCUUUAUGAUAUGACCAUAUAUGUCACCAUUAAUGUA